UUCAACCUCCAGCCAUCUCUCUCUCUUUCUCUCUUCUCUCUCUAAAAUAAACUUUGUUUUAGUUUUUUAAGGGUAGUUUCUUAGUACCACUACGAAGCUCAAAUUUAAGGGGAAAAAUUGUUUGUAACUAUAUAUAUAUAUAAGUAUUAAUUUCCCAAUGUUGAUAUAGUUGCUACUCAUUAUAAUUCAUGCAGUCAUAUACUGUAUGCUCUCGCAGUCUCACUCCUCAAAUUUUGAUAAACAACAGAGAAUGCCAAUUGGGUUUUUGAAUUAUAGAUAAAUCAUUAGAAAUUAACAAGUGUUAAAAUUAAUGGGUGAAGAAAGGCUCCCCAUAGCUCCAGAAGCACCAGCAGUGAUGGAGGCUUUGAACACAGAAAGAGAAGAGUACUGGAGGCAUGUUGAUAACUCUGUCAAUGCGGUGUCGUUUGGGUUUGUGGCCACUGCUAUUCUCAUAUCCAUGUUCCUUCUUAUGGCUAUUUUUGAGAAGUUUCUCAGGUCCAGGUCAUCAUCAUCAUCAUCAUCACACAACAACAACAACUCUCCCACUAAUAAUAUUACUCGUUUGGACCUUCAGAAUGAGAACCACAUCGUUUAUGGUCGAAAACUCGAUUACCCUUCUCCCAAAAUGAGUGUUUAUUCGAGAGGAGUAUCAGUGUUAAUGCCGGGAGAGAACACUCCGACCUUCAUUGCUCACCAUGCACCAGCACCCUCACCAUGUCCUCCAGAGGGAAUCUUAAGACCUUUUCACAGUACUCAAAAUAACGAAGGCCAGCAGUAUUCUUUCAAUAAUGGAACUUCAUCAACCCAAAACCAAAUAUGAAGUGUAGUGAUCGAUAAAGUUUAGUUUAGUCAACUAAAAAUAACAAUAUUCAUCAAAUUAAGGACACAAACACUCAGUGGAAAAUUAAGCAUGAGAUUAUUAUAUAUAUGUCACUCUUGUGUAUAGAGCUAGGGAUAUAUAUAGAGGGAGAGAAAAAGAGACCGAUGAGUUCAUGUUGUGAUUAAUUUUUUUCCUCUACAAGGAUAUCCCAUCAUCCUAAUGUUGUUCACUUGAGACCUAUAUAUCUUUUCAGAAAUGCUAAAAGGUAAAACAAAGUGUCCACCACUAC